CGCGCGCGGCCACGGCCGCUGCCAAGGGGAGGCGAGAGGCUCCUCCCUGGAGCAGAGAAACCAGUUUGUCCGGUCCGGCAGAGCGGAGGGAAAAGGACGGCCGCCGAGGAAGGGCGCACUGACGCGGGGCGGGGGAAGGCGGGGAGCCCUUGGCGAGCCACGAGAGCCGGAGGAGUCGCGGCCAACUGGACAGGCUUCCCGGGGCCCCCGGCCAGCCCCUGUGUGCCAUGCAGCGCUAGCGCAGCCGCAGCGCUGGGGCCGGGCGGGAGGCGGCCAGGUGCGCACGAGCCUUGGAGCGGCGCGCACCCCGCGGAUGCCCCAGCCGGGGCCCAGUGAGCACUAGGUAGUUCCAAUCUGCCAGCAGAAUGACCUCAGAAAGAGACUCAGAAACAACGUUUGAUGAGGACUCCCAGCCCAACGAUGAAGUGGUUCCCUACAGUGAUGAUGAAACUGAAGAUGAACUUGAUGAUCAGGGGCCUGCGCUUGAACCGGAACAGAACCGUAUGAACAGAGAAGCAGAGGACAAGCGGGAGACAUUCCGGAAAGAUUGCACUUGGCAAGUCAAAGCAAAUGAUCGGAAGUUCCAUGAACAACCUCAUUUUAUAAAUACCAAGUUCUUUUGCAUUAAGGAGAGCAAGUAUGCGAAUAAUGCAAUUAAAACAUACAAGUACAACGGACUUACCUUUCUACCCAUGAAUUUGUUUGAACAAUUUAAGAGAGCAGCCAAUUUCUAUUUCCUGAUCCUUCUUAUCUUGCAGGCAAUUCCUCAAAUCUCUACCCUGGCAUGGUAUACCACACUGGUACCCCUACUUCUGGUGCUGGGCAUCACAGCAGUCAAAGACCUGGUAGAUGAUGUGGCUCGCCACAAAAUGGACAAGGAAAUCAACAACAGGACAUGUGAAGUCAUUAAGGAUGGCAGGUUCAAAAUCAUCAAGUGGAAAGACAUCCAAGUCGGAGACGUCCUUCGUUUGAAGAAGAAUGAUUUUAUUCCUGCUGACAUUCUACUGCUGUCCAGCUCAGAGCCCAACAGCCUCUGCUAUGUAGAAACGGCUGAGCUCGAUGGAGAGACCAACUUGAAGUUCAAAAUGGCUCUUGAAAUCACAGACCAGUAUCUCCAAAGAGAAGAGAACUUGGCAGCAUUUGAUGGUUUCAUCGAAUGUGAAGAACCCAACAACAGGCUAGACAAGUUCACGGGAACGCUGUUUUGGAGGAAACGGAGCUUUCCUUUGGAUGCUGAUAAAAUCCUGUUACGUGGCUGUGUGAUCAGGAACACCGAUGUCUGCCAUGGCUUGGUCAUCUUUGCAGGUGCUGACACUAAGAUAAUGAAGAAUAGUGGGAAAACCAGAUUUAAAAGAACGAAAAUUGAUUACUUGAUGAACUACAUGGUGUACACGAUCUUUAUUGUACUCAUCCUGGUUUCUGCCGGCCUUGCCAUCGGCCACGCUUACUGGGAAGCACAAGUUGGUAAUUAUUCCUGGUACCUCUAUGACGGAGAAAAUGCCACACCCUCCUACCGGGGUUUCCUGAAUUUCUGGGGCUACAUCAUUGUGCUGAACACCAUGGUGCCCAUCUCUCUCUAUGUCAGCGUGGAAAUUAUCCGUUUGGGACAGAGUCAUUUCAUCAACUGGGACCUGCAGAUGUACUAUGCUGAGAAAGACACCCCUGCAAAGGCAAGGACCACCACACUGAAUGAGCAGCUAGGGCAGAUUCAUUAUAUCUUCUCUGACAAGACAGGGACACUCACGCAGAAUAUCAUGACCUUCAAAAAGUGCUGCAUUAAUGGGCAAAUCUACGGAGACCAUCGGGAUGCUUCUCAGCACAGCCAUAGCAAAAUAGAGCUGGUGGAUUUUAGCUGGAAUACAUUUGCUGAUGGGAAGCUUGCAUUCUAUGACCAUUACCUUAUCGAGCAAAUCCAGUCAGGGAAGGAGCCAGAAGUCCGGCAGUUCUUCUUCUUGCUUUCUAUCUGCCAUACGGUCAUGGUGGACAGAAUUGAUGGCCAGAUCAACUACCAGGCGGCCUCUCCCGAUGAAGGCGCCCUGGUAAACGCUGCCAGGAACUUCGGCUUUGCCUUCCUCGCCAGGACACAGAACACUAUCACUGUCAGUGAACUGGGCACAGAAAGGACCUACAGUGUGCUUGCCAUUUUGGACUUCAACAGUGACCGGAAGCGGAUGUCUAUCAUCGUGAGAACUCCAGAAGGAAGUAUCAGGCUGUACUGUAAAGGCGCUGACACUGUAAUUUAUGAACGGCUCCAUCGGAUGAAUCCUACGAAGCAGGAAACACAGGAUGCCCUGGAUGUCUUUGCUAGUGAAACUCUCAGAACCCUGUGCCUGUGCUACAAGGAAAUUGAAGAAAAGGAAUUUGCAGAAUGGAACAAAAAGUUCAUGGCUGCCAGCGUGGCCUCGAGCAGCCGGGAUGAAGCUUUGGAUAAAGUAUAUGAAGAGAUUGAGAGGGACUUGAUUCUCUUGGGAGCCACAGCUAUUGAAGACAAGCUACAGGAUGGAGUUCCAGAAACCAUUUCAAAACUUGCAAAAGCUGACAUUAAGAUCUGGGUACUUACAGGAGACAAAAAGGAGACGGCAGAAAACAUAGGUUUUGCCUGUGAACUUCUGACAGAAGACACUACUGUCUGCUAUGGAGAGGACAUAAAUUCUCUCCUUCACAUGAGGAUGGAGAAUCAGAGAAACAGAGGAGGCGUCUCUUCGAAAUUUGUACCCCCUGUGUAUGAACCUUUUUUUCCUCCUGGAGAAAACCGUGCCUUAAUCAUCACUGGCUCUUGGUUGAAUGAGAUCCUUCUAGAGAAAAAGGCCAAGAGAGGUAACAUCCUAAAGCUGAAGUUCCCAAGGACAGAGGAAGAGAGGCGGAUGCGGACCCAGAGUAAGAGAAGGCUGGAAGAGAAGAAGGAGCAGAGGCAGAAGAACUUUGUGGACCUGGCCUGUGAGUGUAGCGCCGUCAUCUGCUGCCGCGUCACCCCCAAGCAGAAGGCCAUGGUGGUCGAUCUGGUGAAGAGGUACAAGAAGGCCAUCACGCUGGCCAUUGGAGACGGGGCCAAUGAUGUGAACAUGAUCAAAACUGCCCACAUUGGUGUUGGAAUAAGUGGACAAGAAGGAAUGCAAGCAGUCAUGUCCAGUGACUAUUCUUUUGCUCAGUUCAGAUAUCUACAGAGGUUGCUGCUGGUCCAUGGCCGGUGGUCUUACAUAAGGAUGUGCAAGUUCCUCCGAUACUUCUUUUACAAGAACUUUGCAUUUACUUUAGUUCAUUUCUGGUACUCCUUCUUCAAUGGCUACUCGGCACAGACGGCGUAUGAGGACUGGUUUAUCACCCUGUACAAUGUGCUGUACUCCAGUUUGCCUGUGCUCCUCAUGGGGCUGCUUGACCAGGAUGUGAGUGACAAACUGAGUCUCCGAUUCCCUGGGUUGUAUGUAGUGGGACAGAGGGACUUGCUAUUCAACUAUAAGAGAUUCUUUGUCAGUUUGCUGCACGGGGUCUUAACCUCCAUGGUCCUCUUCUUCAUACCACUUGGCGCUUAUCUACAAACAGUGGGGCAGGAUGGAGAGGCUCCUUCGGACUACCAGUCCUUUGCCGUCACAGUGGCCUCGGCUCUAGUCAUAACGGUCAAUUUCCAGAUUGGCUUGGAUACUUCUUACUGGACUUUUGUGAAUGCUUUUUCAAUUUUUGGAAGCAUUGCACUGUACUUUGGCAUCAUGUUUGAUUUCCAUAGUGCGGGGAUACAUGUUCUCUUUCCGUCCGCAUUUCAGUUCACAGGAACGGCUUCCAAUGCCCUGAGACAGCCAUAUAUUUGGUUGACCAUCAUCCUGACCGUGGCGGUGUGCUUGUUGCCUGUGAUUGCCAUCCGUUUCUUGUCAAUGACCAUUUGGCCAUCAGAAAGUGACAAGAUCCAGAAGCAUCGGAAGCGACUGAAGGCUGAAGAGCAGUGGAAACGGCCACAGAACGUGUUCCGGAGGGGAGCAUCUUCCAGGCGCUCGGCCUAUGCCUUCUCGCACCAGAGGGGCUACGCGGACCUCAUUUCCUCCGGCCGCAGCAUCCGCAAGAAGCGCUCGCCCCUGGAUGCCAUCAUUGCAGAAGGCACCGCUGAGUACAGACGCACAGUGGAGAGCUGAGC